UCUGCGCCUAGCGGAUAACGGGGGGAGGAGGAAAAGAGGAGUGCGAGGGAGCGAGCGUCACGGACGGGAGAGGCGCCAUGGCGAUGCGAGCAGCUACGGCGGCGGCGACAGGCUUCUUUUCUUCGCCCUCCUCCGUCUCCCCGAGGCGUUUCUCGUCCUCCUCGCCGCCGGCGUUGCUCUCCGCCGGGCGCUGCAUCCGUCGCCAUCGUCUCCGCGCCUUCCCGAGUUCGGAAUUGCCUCUGGAGGAACUCAACCCAUCCGUUGAUCUACUCAGAAAAACUGCCGAGGCCGUCGGUGAUUUCAGGAAGACGCCAAUCUAUAUCGUUGGCACGGACUGCACAGCCAAGCGCAACAUUGGCAAGCUCCUUGCCAAUUCUAUAAUAUACCGCUACCUCUGCAGCGAGGAACUGCUCGAGGAUGUUCUUGGUGGCAAGGACGCCCUUAGAGCCUUUAAGGAAUCUGAUGAGAAGGGCUAUCUUGAAGUCGAGACCGAAGGGUUAAAGCAGCUGACGUCCAUGGGUAGCCUUGUCCUUUGCUGUGGGGAUGGCGCCGUCAUGAACUCAACUAAUCUGGGCUUACUGAGGCAUGGUGUCUCCAUUUGGAUUGAUGUUCCUCUCGAGAUGGCAGUGAACGAUAUGCUGAAGAGCACGGGAACACAAGCUACUACAGAUCCAGACUCUUUUUCACAGGUGAUGAGCAAGCUCCGUCAGCAGUAUGAUGAACUGAAAGAACGCUAUGGAAUUUCUGAUAUUACUGUUUCAGUACAAAAUGUGGCUUCUCAGAUGGGCUACAGCAGUGUUGACUCUGUGACCCUUGAGGACAUGGUUCUUGAAAUUGUGAGGCAAAUCGAGAGACUGAUCCGAACAAAAGCAAUGAUGGAAGCUGCAGGGAAGCCCUUCUAGACUAUAGGCGUGACAUUCCGCUCCGGCAUUUACAUAUUAUCUCCAGUUGCCAGAGCAGGCAUUUGGCUCUUCCAUGGAGCUGAUUACAGUUAACCCAAGAAUCAAGCACAAGCAUUUUCAAAUCCGAGGAGCAGAAUCACACUGUUGUGCUCGAAUAUGCUUAUUUCGUAUUGUAAAAUCGCAUGUCAUUUGAUAGCGCACUGUGUAAAUCUGCCAUGGUGCAGCAACUUUCAGAAUGUAUUUACUGUCAAUGGAAAUGACAGAUCUGCCUGUACAUGGUCGAAAGGCCGAAAUCUGGAGAAUUUUGUUACGGGAAAAUUUGAGAAUGCCUUUACGAUGAACA